GUUGCGGCGGUGGAGCUGUUCUAAGGGACCACAAAGGCAACUUUCUUCAUGCCUUAGCUUUUCCCUUGCCUAGAACCUCACCGCUAUCCACAGAAGCCCUUGCGAUGAUGCAAGCCCUCCGUUAUUACUCCUUCCCAAACAUGGUCGUUGAAAUCGAGAGCAUGGAACUCCUGCACAUGUUACGUGAUGUCCCGAUGUCGAAUGCUCUUUUAUUCAUCAAGGAGAAGAUAGAAACUCUCAAUCUACGUCUCUCCCACACCCUGAGAGAAGCCAAUGGUGCGGCGGACCUCCUAGCUAAACAGGGAGCAAGGAUUUCUCAAUGUGUUUACUUUGAUUGCUUUUCUUCACUACCUAGAGCUAUCUCUACUGUAAUCUCUUUGGACAAACUUGUCCCCUUUAUUCGAGUGCAAUAAAAACCUCCCCUCUUUAUGUACACGUUUGGGGAGGAUAUGACCAAUGCCCCAAAAGUAAGACAAAUAGCAAAAUUACAGACCCAAAGAAGAAAGGGAAAAACAAAAAGAGCUUCGCAAGUCAUCAGUCUCCUUCUUCGUUGGCGUUUUGAUUCCCCUGAGCAUAUUCAGACAUAAUUUGAGUCCCUGUGUUGUGAGUGUCUCAUCUCUGAUCAUCCAAGCUUUUUUCCUGUACUUCCAGCACCAAGAAUUGAUCAUUGGCUUGAUGUCCAUUGUGAUUGAGAAGGGGUUUACCGUUUCAUUUCCAAAGGCCGUGGCUGCAUACUGUUUCCAAGUACACCAAGCAAUCACUCCUGGGAGUAUGUUUCUAAGAUUGCCCUUAAUUGUGUUAGCUUGAGAUCUCAGCUGCCAUUCCAUCAGAAGGGACAUUGAGAAGGCAUGUGAACUUGGAAUCUGAUUAAAUUUUCUGGGAAAGCAUUCAUAGGCCUCUUUUAAGGGAAUAGAAGUGGGAUCAUCUUCCAAGUCAGGUGCAAUGUCCCCUAAAAGCUCCUCAGCAAUCCCAUGUAUUCUACAAAUUCUUUUUCUAACGGGUGAGUCAAUAACUUUUUCCUGACAUUUUUUUUGUGCUGUAUUUGUGCCUCAUGAAUCUUGCCCACAAACUGUCACUGAAUCUGAAGUUCCACCAUAACUUGAUUGAGUAUGCUUGUUGAAGAUCCUUAAGAUCUUUAAUUCCAAGUCCUCCUUCUGUUGUAGGGGUGCAUAAAUCCUUCCAAUUUUUCUAGUGAUAUCUUGGCUUGUUGUUAUCAACUCCCCAUAGGUAAUUGCUCAUCAUGGAGUGUAGAGUGUUGAUAACAGACUUAGGAAGAAUGUGCACAGCAAUCAGAUUUAAUUAAGCAGACUCUUCAGCCUUGCAUCCACCCAUCUUUUUAUCCUCGCUGCCCUCCAUGAUUGUUUCCAUAUUCAUCAUCCAUGUUACUUACGUGUAGCAAGUAAAGUAAAUUAGGCACUUAGUUUGACAUUGAGUGAGAAGUAUCUAACACUCGACUAUACAUUUAAGUGAACUCACUAGUUACGAUCAUCAUAUGAUAUCAUGCACAUAAUAUCAAGCAAUAGUAAUAUAUCACACCAACGGUUAUAAAGUACUGAAUAUUAAGAUAACCAAUUCCUACUUUGUCUCUUCAUAACCUAAUUUAGGCCAGAGUUAUUUUAUUAACAACAUAGACAUAGAUACAAUUCAGAAUCACAACUUUCCCCUUUGGUAGAGAAGAGCAUAAAGACUGGACAAAAAAUAUUGACUAGGACCGAAUAGGAUUUGUUAAUUUAUUUGGGGUUGGCCCAAACACAUUAAUAAUGAUUGACACCCAACCCCACAGCCCAUUUACUCAAGCUCGUCCUAUAAUCCUUAACCUAAUUAAGCUUGCCUUGAUUAUCACCCCAAUCUCUACUAUAUAUGGGGAUGGGGUAUGCUUGUGUUCAACCGUGCAAAAAGAAGAGAGGCCUUUGUGAGUUCUCCUCUAUGUGAGUUAUCUUCCUCUGUGAGUUCAUCUUGUUCUUAUCUGUUUCUUUGUGAGUGGAGUGUGGCGAGGUUGGGUUGGGGU